AGGAGGUUACUUGUAACGGCGACUGCAGACCGUUAUUUCUGCCUUUGUUCCAUGAGCUGGGUUAAAACACCCCUGUCCGCCGUUUGUGAAAAGUUAACGACCUUUUUUCCUUUUAGCAUGUAGACUCCACAAACUUGCUAUUACCACCGGAUCCAUGUCAGCUUGAUUUACGUGAGCUCUCUGAGCUUUUUUGUCGUACAUUAUUCAGCUUUCACUCGUUUUCCCGCACAAGUCUAGCAAGUAACACUGUUUUCGGCUCGGCGUGUAUCCCACAGCGCCGUCCUCUCUCUGCACUGCAGUCAGCGCUGCUUGCACAUUUGGCGUAGGAAGGUCACGUUAUAGAGCGGCUCGUCACUAGCGCCUGCUGGAGAGGAGAGAGGGGGACUGCGCAAAAAACCACGGUCUGGAUUUGUGCCUGGCUGACGUCAUGGGGAGCCACAGAGCUCUCUGACAGGAUCCAGCACCGACGAGCACCCGGUAGGGGGGAAUACACGAUCAACAUCCAGUAGGGCCGGGAGACGAGCACAUCGCCGUUUUGUUCCACAAACGAGCCCAUAAAGUGAAGCCAGGAGCGGGGAUCGCGCUUCGGUAACGACUGCAGCUUACCACGAAAGCGCUUCCCCGCAGUUAAAGGGACUACCACAGCUGUUUUCUGCCUCAAAACACAAGCUUGCAGUGUUGGCCAGGGAGGGAUAAGCAGCAAGAGAACAACUACUAAUCCCCGGAACGGUCACAUUCACGGCGGGGCUCGGACCCGACAGUAAUGGACAGGGGAGCACGAACUGGAUUAAAUGAUAGGGAGUAAAGAGACGCAGCGUACAAAGCGGACCUGAAGUGUUAUGCCCGUUAAGCCGUGCGGUCUUUAUUUGACUGGAAAUGGGAGCUCUAACAAGCAGACAAAACAUAGGCGUGGAAGAAGUGGACAUCCCGUCCAAUUCGGUGUACCGCUAUCCACCGAAAUCUGGGAGUUACUUUGCCAGCCAUUUCAUCAUGGGGGGAGAGAAGUUUGACUCCACUCACCCGGAGGGUUACCUGUUUGGGGAGAAUACAGACCUUAACUUCCUGGGGACCAGACCAGUAGCGUUCCCGUAUGCAGCCCCUCCACCUCAGGAACCUGUGAAGACGCUACGAAGCCUUAUAAACAUUCGAAAGGACACGCUGCGACUCGUACGGUGCAGUGAGGACCUGAAGCUGCCCGGUGACGAAGCAGCGGGGAAGACCAGAGCCUGCUACAAUGUCGAGUUCACCUUUGAUGCUGACACACAGGUGGCCAUCACCAUCUACUACCAGGCCAUAGAGGAGUUUCACAACGGAGUGCCAGUUUACCUGCCCCAGGACAGCUCAUUGCAGUCUGAGACGGUACACUUCAAAAGGGGAGUUUGCCAGCAGUUCUGUCUGCCAUCACACACCGUCAACCUCAGCGAGUGGGCCGACGACGAGCUGCAGUUUGAUAUGGACAAGGAAAUCUUCCCCAUGGUUGUGCAGGCUGUUGUAGACGAGGGAGAGGAUCAUUUGGGCCACUCUCACAUACUGCUAGCUACAUUUGAAAAGCACAUGGAUGGAAGCUACUGUGUGAAGCCUCUGAAGCAGAAACAAGUGGUGGAUGGCGUGAGUUACCUACUGCAGGAGAUCUAUGGGAUCGAGAACAAAUACAACAGCCAGGAAUCAAAGGUUGCUGACGACGAAAUCAGCGACAACAGCGCGGAGUGCGUUGUGUGUUUGUCUGAUGUACGAGACACGCUCAUCCUGCCAUGCAGACACCUGUGUCUCUGCAAUGCCUGUGCAGACACCCUGCGCUACCAGGCCAACUGCUGCCCUAUCUGCAGACUGCCAUUCAGAGCUUUGCUGCAGAUUCGAGCAAUUAGGAAGAAACUCAGUCCUCUGUCACCUAGCAGCUUUAACCCCGUCAUCACUUCCCAGACCUCGGACUCAGAGGAACACUCGGCAUCAGAGCACAUCCCUCCUGGUUACGAGGCGGUGUCUCUCUUGGAGGCCUUGAACGGCCCCCUCAACACCACCUCAGUAGCUCCUGCUCCUCUCCACUCUGGUCCCAGCCACGUCUCUGGAGCCCUUCCUCCGUAUAGCAGCGAGCCUCACCCUGCCCCGGCUCGCUCCCUCUCUCCUCUGGACCACUCCAACUCCGGCCAGGCUCUUAAACUCAAGAAGAGUGGUUCAAAGUCACUUUCCCAGAAUUCCUCUGUGCUUCCCGAGGAGGACGAGAAGUCUUGCAGUGAAUCCGAGGCCUGUCGCCACAAACUCGCUGUGGACCAGCAGGAGUGUGGAGUAACUCCAGACAGCGAGAACCUGACUUUCUCCUCCUCUGGAGCCAUCGACCAGUCAUCCUGCACCGGCACCCCCCUCUCCUCCACCAUUACCUCCCCAGAAGACCCAGUGAGCAGCAGCCUGGCCCAGUCAGUGAUGUCCAUGGCCUCGUCCCACUCGCAGCACUCCCACAUCAGCACUGACACCAUGUCCUCCAUGUCAGGGUCCUACCUGGCCGGGGCCGAAGGUGAACCCGGGGGGGACGAGGGGGGAGAUGUGGACUGCGAGGAGAACCAGGAAGCCUCCAUGGAGAACCGAAGACCGUCACAGCAAGACAGGGAAUUUUCCAAAGAGCCAAAGGAACAAAACUAUUCAGUGGCUGUAGAGGAUCAGGACUCAGAGGGAAAUGAUGUCACCGAAGAGGACUGCUCAUCUCCAUCUAAUGGGAAAGGUGGGCGGAGCAGGUGUCCAGAGUUGGCCAAUAACAAUCAGGGCGUCGCCCUCUGUGACACGCCCUCUUUGGGGUUGGAUAAUGAGCAGGCUCCCAACAGCCGUUUCGCGGACCUGUUGUACCUCGGGGGCUACAGGCCUGUUUUGGAGCCUCUCCCCCACCACAACUCCACCAGCAACAUGAACCUGGAGGAGCAGGGGGCAGAGAGCAGGGUCCAGAGUCCCAAACAUCCCUGCCGUGGACCACUCAUUGUGUAACACACACGAACACACACCAAUCUAAACUUACUCAUCCAGUCAGCUCUUCUUAAUCCUGCCACAGUGCUGCAGCGCUGGAUACUGUCCUCACUGAACAGGGACUCACAUCCCCAUCUUUCUCAAAAUUUCCUGGAUGAUUCUGGAUUGGAGUGAGGAGGAAAGAGGAACCACACCUCUCCAUUGUCUGUGCGUUUUUUUUUCCCUCACAGGAGUUUCCUUGUUUUCUUAUCUGUGAUCUAACUUGUUGUGGGAAUGAUUAGCCUACUGCUACGUUAUUAUUUAUUACCUGUAGGUUUAAUGAGAGCUGUGUAUUGUGACACUAUCUUUAGAAAAAAUAUAUGCUGCUCCUCUUCUUUUUUCCCUUUCUUCCUAUUACCAGCUAAACAGUCAGGGGCUACUGUGAUCGGCAAUCGGAUUUAUUACUAGCGUAUUUCUCCUUCUCUGUUGUAAACUGUAUGCCUGACGAGUGGUCGGACGCUUUGACGCUAAAAGUCAUCUGACACCGGACUACCUUACCUUACUGAGCUAGAAAGUGCUGACCCCUCUCCUCUCAUCAGGGAGCUCCUGUCUCGACUUCGCAUGCAACUUUCCAAGUUUUCCUCUCAUUUCCACCAUGCUUUUGAAACACAACGACCUGUGCUGAAUGUCAAUUCAAAAGUGCAGAAGUGAUCGGACUCGUAUGGCGGUCGAUGAGCCAAGUUACAGUGGCCAAAAUGAACAGAGAUCAACUGGAGGAAGGAAAAAAAGAUGCCACACAGAAUGUAGGACGAUAAUCUCAUAGAAGGGGAAUGUACGGGACGUCUGAAAUGUCCCCUGACUGGAAUCAAACACAAACUUUGACUCACACUCAAACACACCACUGGCACCGUCUCCAUCUACAGCUCCAUCUUAGCAUGUCAGUAUUAUUGUAGUGCAACUUGAAAUCAACAAAUACCACCGAGCAAUAAAGACACUGCAUCUCGUCCUUUUUUUCCUGCACUAGGAUGCUUGUUCGCAGUUCAAACAGUGGGAAAAAACUGUUUGCGCUGCUGGGUCAUAUUCAGACGUUUCAUUGUGUUUGUUACUGCUUUUUUUUUUUUUUAAAAAAUUAAUAAAUUUCAGCGUUGCCAUUGUAAAUGGAUUUCUUGUGAGACAAGCAUCAAUACAGUGAAAGACUUGGCCCACACUGCUGUCUUGCAUCUUGCUCAUCUUCAUGCUUCCCGGUUUGUACCAUUCCCUCGAGCCUGUUUCUUCCUGUUUGUGACGCUUUUAGUUCGUGAGAUACACUUUAAUGUAUAUCACCUGUUGUUGACCUCUGUUUCUGUGUUUUAAUUUGUUGCAGAACACUGUGUUGUUUAUUAGAAUGUGGAUGAAAAUAUGUGAAAAAUUUGUAAAGGUUUACACACGAAUAACUGAAAAGGGACAAUAUCAACAUUUAAUGCACUAUUAGCUGAUUCCUAGACGACACACUUUGCGGUGCAUGAGGCGACAGUAGAGUAAGCAUGUUAGUCUAGGUCAGCCUGCACCCUACUGUAGACUUGAUGAUGGAUCACUGCACAUGCAUAAAGACGUAACGUAUCCUUCUGCAGUGUUAAAUAUCAGUUUCUGGAACCCUAUUCUGUUGGCCGUUAAGGUCAAGACUACUGCACUACUAUAACCAAGCUGCGAACAGUCACAUGAUCACAGUCCGAAUGUGUUAAUGAAGCUGUAUUACAGCACCAGUCACAGUAUGAUAUCAAAGGGAUGGGUCCCAUAUCUGCAAGACCCCACUUUUCUAGAGUGAAAAUGUCAAUGAAGACUUUGAACAGACAAUAAAGUUUUUGCAACUAAA